UUUUAUUACUAUGUUAUGUUCUAGAUUAAUCUAUAAAAUCAGCGUAGAUUCACUUUAGUUACUUUAAAUAGAUUUCAUUUCUUAAUUUAGUUCGUAAAAAUUAAAUUUAAUAUCAGCGAGUUCAAAUAAAAUUAAUAUUAGAUCAUUAAAUAGAGCUUCGCAGUAAUGGAAUUAUUGAAACAUAUAAUAAACGAACGGUUUCUUCCAAGAAUUCCGAAAAUACGGCAUUCACAUGUUGUAGAUUCAGUGCAGCGACGUAUAUUGCUAUCAAAACGAAUGCUAGUUGAUCAUAUAGAAAUUAUUGAACAAUGUUAUGCAAUACCAUCAACAAAGUUUGAAUCUCCCAAAAAUGAGACACUCAGAUAUUUCUUUUUUGGAGAACUUAUAUUGUCCUCAAUGGUAGCAGUUUCCUUAAAACUGAAUAUGCCCAGAUUGCGUUAUCUAUUUUCAAUCGCAGCUACUACCUACGGAUUUUGGAUUGCUAUAAAUAUGAUUGUUGCUUUGAAAAACAAAAUUUCUCUUCAUCGGUUAAAUGAAACUAUAACAGUUAUCGACAAAAGCGAUGAGACCAUUCGUAGAAUUAUCACCUUUUGUCGUGAAUCACAAAACUUAAGUUCGAGGUUACAUGAUCGUAGUCAAAUUUACUUAAAAUCAAUCACCGAAAUAAUUCGCAUUUUAUAUGCUCAAAUCAGAAUAUUGGAAUCAGUUUCAUUGCCAGAUAUUGUUGAAAUAAUGUAUGAACCACUUGAGGAACUUCCUGUCCGUAUGAAAUUUCCUGAAAACAUCGAAGUUUUUACAACUGACCAUUUAAAGAAUUUCUACAAUGUUUUUUUGUAUUUUCAAUCGCAAUAUUUAUUGCGAUUUUACCUUAUGAUCCACUUCGAUCCAGAAAAUGGGAUAAAGUAUUUAAACAACGAAAAUACCUGUUUUGAGAAAAAUAUAAAAAUGCAUACAGAAAAACUGGUUUCUUGGUUGGAUACAAAAAUCAAUCAACAAUUCGAACAAAGAAAAAGAUUGGACAGUUUGAGAUUAGAGAUUAACAAUAUGAGCAAUGUAGACCUAUUAAAAAUGAAAAAGUUCUCCAUGGACGUAUUUUGUCGCCUGAUUGCUAUAACCAACAAAUAUCAGAACAUUGACGAACGGAUUCAUUCACUUGAAAUAAAUGCACAUUUAAAUGAGGACGAGAUGCUUAAAAUUUCAGUGGAAAUAGAUCAAAUAAAAGGUUCAAUAGACACAUGCCAAGGGGACCUUGAAGCACUUAAAUUGAUUAACAACAAGUGUUUUGUACAAACAUUCCCAUUACCAAUUGAAAGCAAUGCAAAUUCAUCUGAAACUACUUCUGUAAAUUUAUCAAAUAUUUCGAAGUCAGAUGAAAGCAGAAAAUAUGAUAGCGACGAUGAAAGCCAAGAAUAUUUCGGAAUGAAUAUCUGCGAAAAUGGUGAACAUGAAAAUACAGAUGGGAAAUCAGCAAAUUGGCAGAAUACAUAUGGGAAAUACAGUUUGCAAGAAGAAUUGGAUAACGUUGAUAUAAAAGUAACGCGAACGUGUUUUGCACCAGUUUUAAAGCAAUUAAAGUCGAUAAUUGACCCCAUCAAAACUGAAAUGAAAGAGAGAGAAUUGAAGUAUUUGAUGUCGAAGGGGUUGGAUCGUGAUAAGAUUAUCAUGUUCGAUGAGCAAGAAGAUGAUCAUGUUCCCGAAAAUCCUUUGGAAACUCGUACAAAGUCGUCGAAAGAUCGGUAUGAUGAAACGCGAUCCUUCUUACAGGAAAAACAACAGAUUAUGCUUAUGACAUUGAAUGCCUUACCAACACCAUCACGUCUUGAAGAUAUCUUGGAGUGAAAUCGAUAACAUUUUUUGUUACAGAAUAUGUGUGUUAAAAGAAAUAAAACUCUAUUCAUUUAAUUUAA